AUGGCCGACAACAACCACCGACUGUCGUUCGGUAGCGGGUCACGGCCACCCAGCCGGGCUCUGAGCGAUGUCUCCUUUGCUACCUCAGAUGCUACAGAGCGACCGGAUUCGCCGCAUUCGCGAACGAUCCUACGAGAGAUCGAUCACAUCAAGAGCCUGAUUAAGCGCUCACAGAAUGCCUCACCGACGGCUAAGGGCAGUAUCACUGCCCAGAUCUUCCGAUCGCGAAGCGUGUCUAUGCCGAUAACGACCGCGCACAUCUUUCACGAGCUUGAUCACUUGAAAAGGAGGAUCAAGGAGGAGCAAGAGCACCAGUUGACUCGAAUAGAUUCACAGGCGGACCCGGAGACGGAGUCUGAGGCUGAGGUGGAAGAUGUGCUUGAUGAGCGGGAAGAGGAGCUGGAGAAGGCGAGGGAGGAGGUUAUGGUUACAAAGCAGAGACAAGAGCAGCUUGUGGAGGCAGCUGAGUUGAAAGUGGACAAGGCAAUCGACGAGAAAGAGCAGCUGGAAGGAUCUCUGGAUGGAUACAAGGCACAGUUGGAGAAAGCUGCUGCUGAGAAGCGGGAGCUGGAGCAGCAACUACAAAAGAGUCGAGAAGGUGCUGAGGAGUUCGGUAAGAUGUUGCAGAGCAUGGAGAAGUCUCUGAAGACACACGCGAAUGAGUUGGUGCAAUUGAAAGCGGAAAAGGAGAAGUCGGCGACCAUAUACUCUCAGGCCAAGGGACAAAUUGACGGGCUUGAGAAGUUGCGCACAGAUCUGGACAACUCAUUGAAUGCAAGUAAUGAGCGUAUCAAUGGACUGGAAGAAGAGAGCAAGAAGACUAAGGAACAGCUGCAGCGAGCACUCAACGAACAUGCAACGAGUGCCAGUGCUAUGAAAGAUGAGUUCAAAGCUCUACAGCAGCGGCAUAACGCACUCGCGACAGAGUCUGAAGCGCAUCAAUCUGCCAGCCAGAACUUGCAGAAGAAGCUGGACCAAGCGGAAGCUCUAACUUCUCGAAUGGAGAAGGAAUAUGGCAGCCGGAGCAAGGAACUUGUCAGCGAAAUCGACAAGCACAAGAGCUCGUUGGAAGAUGCUUUGAGGGAGUUAGAAGGGCACAGCAAAGAUUUUGACGAACUCUCCAAAGAUCGGCAGAGCAAGCAGAAGCAGAUUGAUGAGCUUCGCGCAGAAGUGAAAGAAUAUCAAACCAAGCUCGGCUCGGCUCUGUACGAGCAGGAGCGCCUUGUCAAGGGCCAACAGAAGCAGUUUGAGGAUGCUAGACUUGAACAUCAACAGGCGCUCCGCGAUCUCCAGAGCAAGCACGAGGCAGAACGACAACAGAUUCAAGACGCGCUCGAUGAAGCCAACUGUGCGCACGCCGACGAGCUUGAACGACGUUUAGCGGAUCGCACCUGCGAGAUUGAGAAGUUGCAAGCAGAUAAUACCAGUGCCCUCGAUAACCUCAAGGACUCGCAGGCGAAAGCACUCUCGAGUGCCGCAGACGAGCACUCAAAGGAACUUACGAAGGUGAGGGACGUCCAUGACGAGCAGUUGCGGACUGUCAAUGACGAGCUCUUCCAAGCCCGCGGUCGAGCUGAAGACGUUCGUCUACAGCAUCUCGGUCAGAUCGAAGCACUUAAGGCAGAACACGGAGACCAGAUUCAGGCAUCGGGCAACAGGCUGGAUGAUUUGAGGCGCCAACUUGAUGAUGCUGAGUCGAUCGCCCGCACGAAAGUGUUCCAGUUGCAGAGCCAGCUCUCCGCCAAGGACGCGCAACUAGAGCAGUUACGAAGCGAGCAUGCCAGCGCCACGGAGCAGCUUAAAGCGACUCACGAAAGGGCGAUGAGUGAUGCUCAAGAUGUCUCCGAGCAAAGGCUCCGCCGAUUCGAGAAAUUGCGUAUGCUGGCCAACGAUGCUUUUGCCAAAGUCAAAGGCCUGGAGCAGGAGAAAGACAACUUGAUCGCGGACCACCAAGCAGCUCUUGACGCAAGCCGCGCUGAGCGUUCUCAGCUGCAGAAAGGCCAUGAUGCAUCUAUCAGCGGUCUGAGAGACAGCCAUGAGAAAGCAUUGAACGAGACACAAACGGCUUUCGAAUCUCGCCUUCGGGACGCCACGCAACAGGCUCGAGCAAACAAGGAAGAGCACGAGCAUGCUCUUGCUCAACUCCGCUCUGAUCACGCUGCGCAGAUUGCAGCUUUGAACUCCACAAACGAAUCUGCAGUGAGCGAUCUUCGCAGUGAGUUUGAGGCGACCAAAGUCAGUCUAGCUGCGGCUCUAGCUGAGCACGAACAAUUGACCGGCCAGCUUCGUACGUCUCACGCAGAAGAGGUGGAGACUCUCAAACGAAAGCACGAUACGGAGCGCGAGAGCCUGCAGUCAGAGCUACGCAAAGGCGGCGACGAGGCGUCGUCUCGCGCUGACGUUUUGAAGGCUAGCUACGACGGACAACUUGCAGAUCUGAAGGCCGCCCACGACAACGAGAUCAAGGCUUUGCAGUCUCAAUUCCAAGUACGCGAGAAGGAACAUACUGAAAGGCUCCAGCAAGUGCAAUCGGAGCACGGCGUGGCGCUCACUCAAGCACUGUCUAGAGAGACUGAAACGCUCCAAAAGACGCAAGACAAUUUUAACGCGGAGGUGCAGCGGAAGCAUGAAAGCGAGAUUGCGAGUCUCAAAGCAGAACAUACUGUACAGACUGGAGCGAUGCAUGCGGAACAUAAUCAGAGAUUGCUUGAACAUCAACAAGAAGACCAAGCCACCGUUUCAAACCUCAGGGCAGAAUAUGACAAGCAGCUAGAGGAUCUGCGAGAAGCCAAUGAUCGACACAACCAGGAGCUACAGCAAAAGCACCAAGCGAACGUUGAUUCUCUCAAAGAGCAUGCUGCUAUAGAGCUAAAUGAAGCUCGCCGGAAGCACGCAGCGGCUUUGGAGACGGCUGCCACUGGUCAUCAAGACGCAGCACGGGAGCUGAAAGCCCAACACGAGUCAAAGCUAAGCGCUGUGUCAAUCGAUUAUGAGAAAAGGAUUGAAGAAGUUCGCCAAGCAAUGGAGAGCGCAGGCAUUGAGUCCCAACAAAAGCACGAAGGCGCGUUCCGCGAAAGCAGUCUGGCUGCUGAGGCUGAACUCGACCAGAUCCGCAAAGACCAUGCAGCCGCCAUCGAGACAGCAAGGGAGGAAGGUAAAGUGGCUCUCAGCGUUGCCAACAAAGUGCAUGAGCGCCAAUUAGCUUCGCUGAAGCAAGAACUUGCUAACAUGCAAGACGCACAUGCCCAAACGCUGCAGACACGACUCAUUGAGGCAGAGAGCACUUCGAACAACAGGUUCACCAGCCAGCAAUCACAGCACCAGCAGUCUUUGCAAGCAUCUGCGAAGGCCAACCAUGACGAGAUGGAGAAGCUUCGCGCAGAACGUGAGGAUGCACUGCAAUCACGGUUAGAGGAAGCCAAAGCCCAGCAUGAACAAGCCCUUGGCGAUCAAGAUGCCGCAUGGACGGCGAAGAUGACGGAACUCAAAUCAAAACAUGACCAAGCUUUCGCCGCUGCCCUGAACACGAGCGACGAGUCUACAGCGUCAAAGCUGAGGGAUCUGGAGCAACGACACGUGGAAGCCCUUGCGCAAGCCACGGCGAAAGCUCACGAUGAAGCGAGUGCCAGGAUAUCUGAAGCUGAAGACGAACAUAGAGCGACGCUCGACGCAGCUGUCGAACAGGUCCGCCUGAAUAGCCAGACAGAGAUCAGGAAUCUCGAGAAUCGCCACGAGGACGCUGUCGGUCAAAUUCAAGCAAUGCAUCAGAAGCAAGCCGCUGCUCGACUCGCUGACCUUGAAGUCGCCAAUCAAAAGGAGCUGGAGUCCGCAUUGGAAGAAGCCGGAGUUGCAGCAGAGCAAGACGCGCAACGAGCUUCCGAAGCCCAUACUAGCGAGCUCCUACGGCUUCAAUCAGAGCAUCGGUCGCAGCUUGCUGAGGUCACAUCUCGACAUCAGGGCGAGAUGGCGGCAGAGACUGCGUCGAAGAAGGAUUCUUAUGAUCCGGAGAUUGCAGCUUUGCAAAGUCGCCUGGAUGCGUCUCUCACCAGUCAAGCAGAUACUGAGAGAUCGCUCGCCAUGCUUCGUCAGCAAGUCACACAGUCCGACAAACAGAUGGCUGAAGCAAGUAGGGCCUCCAACGAGCAGAUCGCUGCUCUCGAGUAUGAGAGGGAUGAUCUCACCACUCAGCUUGAGAAGGUGCAGUCGUCACUCGAAGAACAUCAAAGGCGGUCAUCACUUAACGCGAGAUCCCCCAAAACCAGGACGAGAAGCACGCAGCUCGAACUCGCCACUCUGAAAGAUGAGGUCACCGGGCUCGAGGAGGAACGUGCCAAUGUGCGACUCACUUUACAGAAGCACCUCGAUGAGAAGAGUGAGUUGACGAGGCAAAAUGAGUUCCUUGUGAAGGAGCUUGAAGCGUUGCUUGCUCAGCGCUCAAGGCCGAGGAUGCCACCCAGCAAGACGAGCGACGCGCAAGUGCAGACUGACUUUUCCGCCUCGGAACCCAAAGUUGACCUGGCUGCUGCAAAGCACUUAAGAGAAGAGCGACGCCAAAGUCUGCGAAGUAUCACGCCCGGUACACCCAUGAGCCCCGAUCGACGGCAAGCCAAGGACGAGAUCGAUACAGCCUGGCAGAAUCGCUCGUUCGAGGACUACCUUCGCUCUGCCCACGCUGAGCUUUCUGAGCUGGGUAGUGUCAUCACGGCCAAUGAGACUCUCUUUGCACGGAAGAUACAAGAACACGUUGGCGAGCUGCAACGCGCGAAAGAUCAGCUUGCCGCAGCCUACAAAGCCAAGCUUGAUGGCUUGACAGCAGACAAAGAUCGAAUGGAAAAGAUGGUUAUGUCGCAGCAAGCCACUGCCUUUGCAGAGGAUAGGAGAGCACUUAUCGCCAGAUACGGUUCUGCUCACGAUGAUUUAAAUGCAACGGCCGCAAUGCUCACGAGUCUUCCUGUGAACGAAGCCCAGGAGUUGCGAACGGCAGAAGAACGCCUAGUAAAGGAUUACAACAAACGGAUUGCCAAGCGCAAGUCACAGAUUGCUUUGAAGCACGCGGAAGAGUUUCACCAUGUUACGCAGCAGUACGAUCAACAGGUUGCUGAUCUGCUAAACAAUCGUCAACAGCUCGAGGGAGACCUCUCCGUUGACCCAACCAGGUUCGAAGAAGAGUUCGGACAGUUGCAGGGAGACUCGACACAGCUCGAGAAUAUCAACCUACGGCGGGUCAAUGGUAGUCCGGGAGUUCUACAACACACUAGUACAGAUCCAGAAGAUGAGUUUGUAGCAGCACGACGAUCUCGUGCCGUGGAGAGACCCAAAACAGCCAUUCGAACUAGCAACCCCCGAACAUCCACGUCAAUUCCACGGUCGGCUUCACUGCCACGAGGUACCCAGGAGCGACGCCGAAUCAGCCCAGAACCUCCAGCUGUGCCAAAAAUCAAUUUUCCCGUCGAAGCCGAUUCUCAGCCGCGGAGGGGAUCGGUGCAGCAUCAGCCAGUAACCCAAAGGUCUCUUAUGAGAGCGAAAGGGCCGCAAGACUAUGCACCUGAGCAAAAACGGGUCGUUUCUGCUCCCUCUCCUAGCCAGCCUCCCAUCACGCCAACUCGGGGCAGCUCCAAAGCAGCGCGAACCAUGGGCAUCGGGUCGUUAGCUGCUGAGCCACCGAGCAGCAGACAAACGAACCCACCAGCAAAAGCACCAUCACCAGCUCGCUCGCAUGAGUCGCGCGCAAAGCCCGGAAUUCUGCGCAGAAUCAAAGACCGCUUGUCAAUCGACGCGCAUCACAAACCUCACUUCCAUCUCUCAAGAUCAGGCUCGAAAUUAGGACGUCUUGGAUCACGGCCAGGGACACCUAUCAUGCCGGAACGGAUAGAUAAUCGUCCAGAAUCCCCCUAUGCGGCAGGGCCUAGUACAGCACCCAAACCAGAAUUAGAACCGGAAUCAGCUUCACACGAUCUACCGCAAUCAACACCGAAACGAUCGAGAUCGAAGAAGCUCUCGAGCGGUAUGAUUUACUACAAUUCUCCGAGGCAGAGUCCGGCUGCGCCUCAAUUUGACAAUUAG